CUCGUUGCUAGGAGACGAGAUGCGUCUUUUCACCGUGGAGCUCUGUCGGUCUCACCAAUAGCGGGGGCUCUCUCUUGCCCGAGAACUGAGAUCUAAGGUUCCACUACCGCCCAGGGACAAUUCUGGAAGCCCCAUUUGUAGGGGCGUUUUCCUUCUUCCCUCUAACACUGGCCGAGGCUGGCCAAGGCUCCUUGCCGGAAUCCAAUCCCUCGCCUAGCCAUGUCUAAGAAAGAAAAAAAGGCCAAGACACCCCUGUCGAAUGAGGAGCAGCUGCUUCUGUUUCAGCAGAAGUUGCUGGCAGAGGAGGAGAUGGCCAAGAAGAAAGAGAGGCUCCUCAGCCAGUUCUUGAAGGACAAGCUGGCCAAGGAGGAACACAACGGUGCUCUGAACCUUAAUAAGAUUAACACACAGUGGAGAACUGUCCUUCGGGAAGUCAAGACCAGAGAACUUCUUAAGGACAUUGAGAUCCUCAGCCAAACAUUUGAACAAGUGGUGGACUGCAAGGACAGUGUAAUCAAGUCUUUAGCAAAAGACCUGUCAGAAGCCGAGGAGCUGUACGCCCAUGCCCUGCACAGCCACUUGCACAAUGUCGACCAGCUCUUGGCCCUACAGAGAUGUUGGCUUAACCUGCUGGAGGAAAGUUACAACACGGAGCUGGAGGCCCUAACCAAGGAGUUUGAGACAGAAAGGAAGACAAUUAUCGACCAACAUGAGAAAGAGAUUCGCUAUCUACAAGAUGUCUUCAUGGCCAUGAAGCAGAACUGUAUAGAUUCUGAGUAUGAAAGCAAGCUGGAGUACCAGAGCAUGUGGGAUGACCUCAAAAAUAAGAAUUUAGAAGACGAGCACUUUCUAAGACUACAACUGGAGAACACAGUGGAAGAUCUGUGGAGAAGGUUCCAGGAUGCCCUCAAGAAUUACACUGAUGCCACCGAGGAUCGAAAGAUUGCCUUUGAGACCCUGGAGGUGAAGGACGAGAAGAGCUCCAAAGAGAUUGUAGCACAGAUGAGAAAAAUACAGAAACUACAGGGUGAAAAGAUCCUUAAACUUGCUGAAAUAUGUAGGAAAUUUGAAACAGAAGAAGAAAAAGUGCUGCCUUUUUAUUCAUCAGUAUUGACUCCUAAGGCGCAGGAGGGGAUUGAGACUAACCGGGGAGAGCUUACUGAGGAGCUCGCAAAGGUGAUGAUGGACUCUGUAGGGAUGGAGAAUUUCUGGAAAAGGUACAACAAAGUGAAACUGGAGCAACUGAACCUCCAACACAGACGAGCCCAGCUGUUGGAAAUCAAUGGGAAGCUGCGGGAGAUGCUGAAGCAGUACUUGGAUGGCAUCUCAGUGAGUGACGAAGUGCUGAGCCAGCUCAACCCACUCUUCAUAGUCAACCAUCGAAGCAACUUACCCCAGCCCUUGCCCACACCUGUAGCCCAGCCAGGUGACAAACAACAUCCGACCAUUUACCAUAUCAUUGAAGCAGCCCAUAUGAUCUCCCAUACCCUGUGA